AUGAAAGCUUCAAAUAAAGCUAAAAUAGAAAGAAGCCCAGUAAUACUAUUUAUUUUAAGCAUGUGGUUGGGUUUAAAUCCCCUAAAAACAUUAAAUAUUGUCAUAUGUACAUCAAACAAAGAGUUUUUAAGCCAUAUAACUGAUAUAAGCAGUAAUAUAAAUGAGUAUUGCCCGGCCCAGAAUUUUAUUAGUAACAGCGAAUUAAGCAAUGACAAUAACAAUUACAUAGAAGAUAUGGAAGACUUGUAUAAUACUUAUAUCUGCACAGAAAGUCAUGCGAAUAAUCCUCCAGUUGAAUUGGAUCAAAUAGAAAUGCCAGCUCCAGAAACAUUUAAUCCUCAGACCAUAAAUAUAUAUUCUAAUAAUACAUCCUGCGUACAGAACAGUGUACAAUUGCUUAAUCCAUUUAUUAAUCAGAAUGGUUAUUUGUAUGAUACACCAUUAAUAGAUGAUUUAAUAGAGACAUUUACACCACAGGAAUUUAAUACGAAUACUAUAGAUCCAUAUUUUAGCACUGCACCACAUGUGGAAACCCCAUUAAACUACAAUGCAAGUGCAUGUAAUGAUGUAGCUUCAAAUAGUACAAUGACAAUGAAAUAUGAACAGCCAACUACUUCUAUGAACAAAAUGCUAUUUAAUGCCACCCAAUAUCUAGAAAUAAAUAAAGAAAAUCCAUCUAUAAAUAUAGUACAGAAAAGUGCAGAUGAAAUAAAUAAGAGAAAUCAAAACAGUAUUAAAGACCCAGUUUUAAAAUAUUCAAAUGAGUAUAAGAACAUUAUAGACACUCUAUGUAUUUAUAGACUGUCUGUCGCCAAACAGGCCCAUCAAGAGCCACCAUCAUUUGUUAAAUCACAAGUAAAUAUUAAAAUAUAUUCAAAAUUAAUAGAUAGUAUAAAGAAUGCUAUAAAAGAGCGUAAAAUUGUAUGGAGUGGGCUAUAUAUGAUUAAAAAAGAAAAUAUAAGCACAAAGCUGGAACUUAUUGAUUUUAUAGGCAAUAAUAGAGAUUAUAUGGAUAAAAUGUUUAAACAAUGCAAUAUGGGGUAUUCUGGAAUGAGUUCUAAUCUGUAUAAGUAUUUAACUAAGAACUAUUCCUCUUGCUAUAUCAAAAAGAAAAAAGUUAAAUUAGAUAGAAAAUUAGUGCGAUUCAAUCCAAAUGAAGUUACACUAGGUGACAUAUACAUUAAAAAAGACAUAAACCUUCUGUGGCAUACAGAAAGCCUGUGGGUCUCCUGCAUAAUUCAGCAUAUACAAAAGUCUACCCAUGUAGAUACAGAAGAAUUGCAGAAAGACUUGGAUUUAAAGCGGAAGCUUCUACUGAUUCUGAGCAUUCCUGAAAUAUAUGAAGACUUGUUUUAUAUGCAGUAUGAUGAAAUUAAUCUAGUAAAGCAGAAAAUUGCAAGUAAAUCUUUUAAUGAUAUUGUUAAAGAGAUGUGCGAUCAGUUUUAUAUUAUAGAGUACUUAUAUGGAGAGGUUCAUACGCAAAAAAAAAUAAUUGAGGAGUCAUAUAAAAAAAUACAAGAAGAUAAAAAAAAAUCUUUAUAUCAAUAUAGCGACAUUUAUGUGUAUAAUUUGGUUUAUAAGAUAUUUAUAUGCUUUUAUAGGUAUUCUUUAUAUUUAUAUAACCCGAAUACAAGUUCUUGUAUAAGCAACGCUCACCAUCCAGUGCAGGGAAACCUAAGCUAUUUUGCUAUGAAAAAUUAUACAAAAUUUUCUAGAGAUAAUCUAACCACCUAUCAAGGAAAAGGCGUUAUUAUAAAAACACCAUUUGUUAAAUGCAAAUUCUUAUUUGAAUAUACCAAAAAAGCUAUAUCUUCAAAUAAAAAAAUAUUAGACGAUAUAUCAAACUUGGAUAUAAUAUAUAGCUAUAGGGACAAAGACAGCGCAGUGUUAUCUUAUUCACAUCACUACCAUAUCCAACUUAUAGAUAACAGUGCACAUCGUGUGCAUAUUAUGCAUUUUCCGUUUUUUAUGCUUGAUAGUAACGGGACUAAAGAGUAUCACUAUAUACAUACAAUAGAUGAUAUUGCAAAUCAUGUAAGAAAAACAUUCCAUACCAAAACCCGAUAUGGUCGGCCAUUAGUUAACAAUGUAUAUCCAUUUAAGUAUAAUAGAAAGGACAAAACAUGGUCAAUGAUUGGCUUUAUCAAUAAUGACAGGAAAAAAAGAAAGUUAGCGGAUAGUAUUGGCAGUGAAAUAAAUAAAACCAUAGGAGAGAUGGACAAGUUGGGAUUUGAUGUUAUAUUUUACUAUAUUCAAGAGAACAUAAAAAUUAAUGACUUUGUGCUCGCACAGUUUAAUCCUAUUAGUAAAGAGACAAUUAAUACAGCAUAUGAAGAAGAUGAAGUUGAGGCAAAGAAGUUAUUUGAUGGAUAUGUGCCGAAUGAUAGUGUACCACGAAUACCACUGUUUCUUCCUAAAUUUAUCACAUUGGCAGUGCAUAUUGGCCCAUACAUUUUAAACAAAGAAAAUUGUUUAAUUCAGCAACUUACAACAGACUACCAAAAUCUAGUCCCUAUUGAGUUUUCUAGUUGGUUAGACUAUAUGGUUAAGAAAGAAGAUCGAAAACAGACAAUUAUAGAAUUAGCUACUAUGUAUAAGAGGGAACUAAAUUAUUAUAGUGAUUUUUACAUACUAGGCAUAAACAGCCUGUAUGAAGACUGCGACUGCUAUGCCAUGAAUAUUAAGCAAAAAACCUAUGAAUUAAACAAAAUGAAAAUAUCAUGGUAUGUAAAAAAACAAUAUGAUCUAGGAGAGUAUACUAACUAUGAAUUAGAUCUAGACCGUGUUUCUUUUAGAAAGAGGACAAAUUGUGAGCUGCGAAGUACUAAGUUUCACAUAAUUUUCUCAUUCUUAAACAUGCUCCAAAGAAAGCAUGCUUCACAGGAUAUGCUCCGUUAUGGAAUAUGCAUAUAUACAAGAAAAAGCACAGGAAAGAGUAAUAUAGUUCCUCUUUUAUGCUCAAGAAUGAAAAUUUUUAUGGAUGAGCUCUUUGGUAAAUAUAAUGGAAUGUAUGAUAUGCUUAGUCCUGCAUCAAAAAGAAACAUUGAAUUCAUAAAGACCCAUCAAGAUAUAAAUACAUCUGAAAUAUCAGAUAUCUCUAAAAUACAUAUAUGUAUAAAAAAUGUUAAUUACACAAAGUCUAAGCUCGGAAUACACUAUAAUAUCCUAAACACUUUCUUUUAA